AUGACUCUCAAAGAUCUCAAUCCACAACUCCAUUCCCAAAAACAAUCCAACCGGGGGAUUGUUGGCUGGUACGCAGGAUUUUCGGGCAUGAACCCGCGUCCAGGGAUGAGUAGUCCAACCGGGGGACGGAACUCCAUAGCUCACACGCCGGCACUGCCAACGACACGUGUAGCUCACAAAUCUCAUAUCAAGUCCUACGCGCGCAGACAGUAUCAUCACCCCACCGGCACUGCCAACGCCAUGUGUGAUGAUACUAAGCAAUAUACAUACUCUUCCCAUACACCGGCACUGCCAACGCCAUGUAUGAGACCAGCAAUCUCAUGGCCUUCCCACCCCACCGGCACUGCCAACGCCAUGUGUGGGAAGCCUAGUAACCAGGGAAUGACGGCGGAGGCGGCGGCGCAACGAUCAGAAACUUCCGGUUUGAACCAGUCGAUACCGUCGACGAUUCUCCGGCUUUCCGGCAAGGAAAUUGGGUGGGUCUUGAUCGGGACUUCACGACGAGUCGAACGGGACUGGUCUCGAGGGCUGAGAUGGCCGGACGUGACGACUGUGAGGGUUUUCUCGAUUCGGUGA